UAACCGAUCGUUCUAGACACGAUGAACUUCCUUGCCGUGCCGUUGCGGUUAGUGCUUUUGCUGGCAACACUGCUUGCCGUGCGUGGUGAGUUUUUUGUUGCACUGCGCGACGCAUCCACCAGCAACCGUACGCUGCUCUGCUGGGCCAUAAAACUGUCCCCGACGGCGUACGUCACCGAUGCGGACUGUGUCCGGUCGCAUCGAAAGCACCAAAUUGUGAUGAUUUAUGGUGACAUUCAACCGGCACCGACCGUACGGGAGCGGUUGGGUCGAAAGGUGGCUAGCUUGCGGCAGCACCCAGCCUGCCGUCAUCGGGUACCCCUGCUGGCGCUGGUCAGCGCCUCAGACGGCAGCCAGCGAUCCGUGCUUGAUUGCACGGUACGAAACUUUAUCGCUUCCUACGCCACGCUGUUUACCGCACGGACGAACACUUGCCGGGAGUGCCGGGUGUUGGCAGUACGACGAAUUAUUCCCUGCCCGGCCAUACCCGGCACGGUCGUGCUGUACAGCAACUGUCUUAAGCAGAUGGACGCUAUCGAAACCGAACUUGCUGUCAAGAGCAGAGAACGACGGGACGCUUGGGUAUGGCAGUUCCGACGAAAGCUCAAAGCAACACUGUACGCGGACCUGGAACGGCAGAGCCGGGUGCGGUUGGACAUGCUCAACUUUAUCGCCACCGCAAGACGCUGAACCGGUCGGCGUAAAAUGUUGCAGUACUGUGAGGCAAUAAAAAAAACGCUUGGCCGUGCUCAGAUGCAUCCCUCCGGCUGGGAGAGACAGAGCAGGUGGUUCCGGUACUACAACUCCUUCAAACGAGUAGGUUGCUUUUUUUUAUGGGCGACGUUACGGCGAGAAAACAGUAAGCAAAUUCUCACACACUGCCCUCCACUCCAGCGGACAGUUAGAAAUAAACACACACACGAUAAUGGGGAUGACGUUUUAUUGGACAACUGGCCGGUAAACUAGCCCUAAUCAGCCAUGUUCUUGCGAUUAGACAUUAAACUGAACCUGGACACUGGGGCUAUUAUUAUUCUUGACCACUUGCGAAUU